AUGCAUAAUGCCUAUACGUGCAGCAAACGAUUCCUUCAACGAGUGGAGCUCUUCCUUGAAGCGACCGGGUCUGAUCCAGAGGUUCGAACAGACAGGCAGAAGAUAGCUAUCUUGCUGCACGUCGCGGGACCUGAAGCUGUCGACGUCUUCAACACAUUCACUCUCACGGAAAACGAAACAUUCGAACGCCACGUUUUCCGCAAGUCGAUCCAGAUGGAAGCUCAGUCAUUUGAAAACUUUUUGAGAGACGUUAAACUCAAAGUGCGCUCGUGUAAUUUCGGCGACCUGACAGAUUCUCUUGUGAGAGAUCAGAUUGUCGAUGGCGUCAGAGAUCACAAACUGCGGGAACGUCUGCUGAGGGAGGAUGACCUGACCCUU